AAGGGUCAGAGUCAUAUGCCCCGGUGUUAGCCCAGUGCCAUUUAAUACCCCCAGCCUUAUUCCCCUGGGCAGCAGCACUCACAGGGACUACAGAGCCCCAGUUACACAGCAGACAUGACGUCCUGGUUCCGAUUUCUCCUGUUGGUUCUGUGCGCCACUGGUACCGCCGGGCAGUGCCCCCACCUGUGCGUAUGUACCGCCAUUGAGCGGAAGGGGCUGACAGUUAACUGCAGCUUUAGCGGACUGGGCGCGGUGCCCCAGCUGCCCCAUAACACCAUCCGGCUGUACCUGCAGAACAACAGUCUGACAUCGGUUGGUGCCGGGACACUGGAUCACCUGCUAAACCUGCAGGAGGUGGACGUUUCCCACAACCCCUGGCGCUGCGACUGCGGCAUCUGGUACCUGAGGGUCUGGCUGGAUUCCCAGACGCUGGUGAGGAAUAAGCCCCACGUACAGUGCUGGGGGCCAUCGUCCCUCUCCCUCACCCCCCUACAGCGUCUCUCCGGCAACGAGAUCCCCGGCUGCAGAACAUUGUGGCCAAUCAGGUGCCACCAGUUCUUCGUGCGGGAUCUCUUCCUUAUUGCCCCUUCCCUGCUCAUCCUCCUCAUCUUGACUGGUUUCCUCAUCAUCGCCAAACGCCUCGCCUGCAGGGUCGCCAUUAACUCUUCCCGGACCUUCCGCCGCUUAACAAGUACCAAGAGCCUCCUCAAGUCAAAGUAGCACCGAGUACAACUGGACCCCCCCCCAAAGCUGCCCAAUUAGCCAAAUAUAUAUGGUUUUUAUAUGGUUAAAUGGUAGAGAGUGAUAUUC